AUGGAGUGUCUCGGAGUUUCAUCCGUUCAGAGCCUUCAGGCUCUGUCUGCACUGUUAUCCAAUCAACAGGAGGAGGAAGACGACGACUGCAAAAGUGUAACCCCCGGUGCACAUAUGGGUCCUGGACAUAUUGGCCCCCCACCCAAAAGAAAUACAGAAGCAUCAAGUGCCUACACAAAAAGGAGCAGCAAAGAUAUCUGGAGUGAGGAAGAGGUGGCUGAGGGCUCUCAGUAUGACGAUCUGACAGACCCACGACCACAACCUGAAUAUGAAAUUAUCCUGAAGCAGAAUGUGGGAACUGAGGAUCUGUUCUUGGGCUUAAACAGGAAGGACCCAUCCUCAAUGUGCUGUGAGGCCAUGCUGGUGAAAAUAAAACUACCAGACACUAAAGCAACAGAUGUCUUCCUGGAUGUGAAAGAGAAUUUCCUCGACCUGCGGACCACAAAAUACAAACUGGGCCUCCAUCUACCCCAUCCCAUCCACAGUCAAGAGGGCAAGGCCCAGUUCUUUAGUGAAAGGCAGGAACUGGAGGUGACGCUAUUGAUGAAGAGACCCAUGGACUUUAUUAACAUGCAGUGAGAAAGGAUAAAAACAGUGAACAUGCUGACACAAAACCAUGCACUGUUGGUUUAUAGAC